AUGUCCAAAGGUCCCUGCAGAUCCUCCAGCAUGCAAAGCAAUCGAGAGCUGGAGAAAUAUCGUGGUUACGAGGCCGCCACGCAGGCGGGCGCCGCAACACAUGUAAAGAAUAUUAAUAUUUUUUAUCAUAAAUAUAAAAAUUAUGUAAUUGAAAUAUGUCCCCGCCAAGAUAUGACAGAGCCAACAGAUGCGCGCAGUUCUUCUGCCGCUGCUGGCAGCGGAAUGGUAAAACCUUCCCCAAUUCACGAGAAAUUUCUUUUUGAAUGCGAUCAUUUGGUCAGCUUUUGUCAGUCAUUCGAGAAAACUGAUAUAACUGACCAAACAGACUCCCUUCUCGAAGUAAAAUUAGACGAUUUGGAGAAUAGAUGGAAAAAACUGCAAGUGGCCUACGAAACACUGAUUCUGUCUCCCGAAUCAUCUAAUACGAAGGAUUUUAAGGCGAAUGCCAAGAUCAAUUUUAACGUUUGUUCUGAGGCGUAUUACGAAACUCGGUCCCAGAUAAUGGACAUUCUCAGAAUAUCUGAGGGAUCUAACCCUCGACAUAGCGCAAGAUAUAGCCUUCCGGCUCAAAAUCCGGUCAAUACCCAGAUUUCAGAUAACUCGAAUAUUUACAUAAAAGUACCUCCAUGCGAUACCGAGGUAUUCAAGGGAAGCUAUGAAGAAUGGCCAUCCUUCCGUGAUAUGUUCACGGCCGUUUAUGUGAGUCACCCCAAACUCACCCUAGCUCAGAAGCUCUACCAUUUGAGAAACAAAACAAAGGGUUGUGCAGGAGCUAUUGUAAAAAGGUACUCAUUGUGUGACGAGAACUUCAAUCUCGCUUGGAAUGCCCUAAAGUCACGUUAUGAAAACAAAAGAGUACUAGUAGACAACCAACUUAAAAUACUUUUUAGUAUUCCUGUUGCACGUACAGAGAAUAGCGAGUCCCUACAAGAAGUUCACUCUACAGUAAAUGAUUGUCUCUGUACUUUAAGGUCGUUAGAUGUUAAAGUUGAUAGCUGGGAUCCCCUUUUGAUAUACCUAAUAUCUACCAAGCUACCAGAGGAAACAAUCUCCCAAUGGGAACAGUCCCUAAAAUCCCACCGUGAACUCCCAAGUUGGUCCCAAAUGGAUGAGUUUCUAAUAAAUCGUUUUGAAGUGGUCGAGAGAAUAUCGAGCUUCAAGUCGGCAAAAGAACGCCAUAGCUUCCCAGAAUGGAAAUCAUCCCAUGAGCCGAAAGAAAUUCAGACUUAUGCAUCUCAAGAAAAACUCAAUUCUUUUUGCCUGUUGUGCAAGAAGGAUCAUAGCAUUCGAAUCUGUCCCAAGUUCCGCGAAUUCUCAGCCCAGGAACGAAUAGAUUUUGUGUUUAAAAACAAAAUCUGCAACAAUUGUCUCUCUAAUAAUCACAUGAAGAAUAAAUGUAAGAGUAAGAAUACUUGCCUUUCAUGUAGAAAGUCUCAUCAUACCCUACUUCAUUUAGAUCAAACGACCAAUCCUAAGCCCGAAGGAAAAUUUUCCAACACGAGAACUUUUGGUGAGAUCAGAAAUACAUCUGAAAGUAUCCCAAAAUUUACAACUGAUAAUUCAGCGCCUUCAACUUCGCCUAAGAACUUUUCACAAACCCAGGCUAAUUUUUCUCACAACAAUGAGACAAUUCUUCUUCGUACCGCGUUGGUACAGAUUGAGAAUCAGGGCGAAUUGUUUACAGUCAGAGCUCUGAUUGACUCUGGUUCUCAAAGAACUUUCCUUUCCGAGAAAAUCAGAAACCUUUUACGUAUCCCUUAUCGCAGAUCUCUUUUCGAAAUUGGCGGUAUUGGUGCCUCUACUCAGAGGGCGGACAAAGAGUGCGAUAUUGUCAUUUAUUCAAAAAGGCAUAAUAUAAGGUGCAAUUUGACCGCUAUUGUUUUGCCCAAAGUCACAAAGAAGCUACCAUCUGUGUCGUUUGAGUUCCCUCUCACCCCAGAACUUCAAGAACUUGAACUAGCGGAUCCGAACUUUAAUAAGUCCUCAAAUAUUGAUCUCAUUCUUGGUAAUGACUGCGAGCGUUUCAUCAAUCUAGAUGGAAUCAAGAAGAAUAUUUGUGGAAUAGCUUCUGCGUAUAACACUAUUUUCGGAUGGGUCCUAAGUGGUCCUGUGACCGUAGAAACUAUUAGCUCAUUCACUACUAAGGUAGUCCCCCGCGAAAGAGAUGAUCUUAGUGAGAUCCUCAAGAAAUUUUGGGAAUUGGAGGAAGUUCCUUCUAGUGUCCGGGUACCACCAUCAGCCAGAUAUUGUGAGGAAUUUUACUCAAAAACAACAACUCGCGAUGCAGAUGGGCGAUAUGUUGUAAGGCUCCCCUUUAAGGAAGAAUUUCCACAAGACAUAAGCCUUGGCUCCUCAAGAUUCCUUGCGCUUGGCCAAUAUACUAGAAUGGAUCGAAGUCUGUCUAAAGAUCCCGAGUUACAGGAACAGUAUAAUACGGUUCUUAACGAAUAUGUCUCUAUGAAUCAUAUGGAAGAAACUGCUUCCGAAGAGAUUUACUCUGAAGGUAAAUAUUACUCAUUUUACCUCCCUCACCAUGCAGUAGUGCGCCCUGACCACAAGACGACAAAGGUUAGGGUCGUAUUCAAUGCAUCCCGCAAAACUAACUCUGGGUUUUCGCUUAAUGAUGUCCUCCACUCUGGACCCACUCUACAAACAGAUCUAAUAGCAACCGUUCUCAAUUGGAGAAGAUACAGAUUCGUUUAUAGUGGAGAUAUACAAAAAAUGUAUCGACAAAUAAAGGUACAUCCCGAUGAUAGACCCUACCAGAGAAUUCUCUUUCAGAUUGACCCUACAGGCCCAAUAAAAGACUACCAAUUAAACACAGUAACUUUUGGCAUAAAUUGUGCCCCCUUUCUGGCAAUUCGCACCUUGCUGCAACUCGCCGCAGACUCCGAAAAGGAGUUCCCUCAAGUCGCUAACAUUUUACGCAAUGAAACGUAUGUUGACGACAUUCUUUUUGGUGGUUUUUCAAUCGAAGAAGCUGUCGACUCAAGAAGAAAACUAAUUUCAGUUCUAAAAUCGGCUGGAUUUCCACUAAAGAAAAUCACAGCGAACGAUCCCAAGCUACUCGAAGGACUCCCUCGUGAUGACCUAUAUGAUCUAGACUUGCUUAAGCUCUGCGAAUCUAGUUCUACAAAAACUUUAGGUAUCAAAUGGAAUGCUUUAACUGAUAAAUUUUCCUAUUCCACUACUCAGACUGAAGUUCACGUGCAAAUAUCGAAACGCCAAGUGCUGUCUUGUAUUGCGAGGUUGUUCGAUCCCGCCGGUUGGAUCACCCCAAUUAUUAUCAGAGCAAAAAUGCUUAUGCAGCAGCUUUGGCUAGAGAAUUCAGGCUGGGAUGACCAAAUAUCCCCUGAGUCUCUUCAUACUUGGAAUAAUUUACAAUCUGAUUUAAUAGGCCUUAAUGCAGUGGAGAUACCACGAUGGAUUCAAUACGCUCCCAAUGACACACUCGAGAUUCAUGGCUUUUGUGACGCCUCUAAAGGGACAUUGCCUCCGUUACACUUUGGACAGAUGCAGCAAUUGUUCUCGGGUGGUUGUCCAAACCUCCAUGGUCAUGGGAGCCCUAUGUUGCAAAUCGCACCUCCCAGAUCCAUGAACUCACCCAUGGCGCGAAGUGGAGCACAAAGGCCAUUCACCUCGAAGCCUGCUCUGAUUUAUCGGCUGCAGCCUUUGAAGCUGCAUUUGCCAGAUUUGUAG